GCAUGCCACGUGUACUAUUUUUCGAUGCCUGCGUAUGAACCAUCAUACUCUGCCACGCCGGAGAAUCAAACCCCCUCUAUAAAAUUCCACAUCUCCUCUCCGUGAAGUACACAAAAGUAAGACACUACGGAAAUGACGGAAAAGCCCCUACCCUCUCCUCUCCUCCCAUGGAAGACCAAGAUUUUUAUCAGCGUCCUCUCCGCCGUUACUGACGCCGCUCGCCGCUCUAACGGCACCGUCAACCGCCGUCUCCUCCGCUUCCUCGAUUUUCGCGAGGCGUCCAACCCGAAACCGUUUAAAGGCGUCAAAACGGCCGACUUCACCGUGGACCCGACCCGAAACCUCUGGUUCCGCGCAUUCUACCCUACUGGAACCGCCGAUGACGUCAGCCUCCCCGUCUUCAUCUUCUUCCACGGCGGCGGCUUCGCAUUCCUCUCUCCGGACUCCAAGGCAUACGACGCCGUAUGCCGCCGGAUUGCCGGCGAGAUCCCCGCAGUCGUCGUCUCUGUCAACUACCGCCUGUCGCCUGAAAACAAAUACCCCGCCCCGUACGACGACGGGUUCGACGUCGUCAAGUGGCUCGACGGCCGGGACCCGGCUUUUUACGACUUUGCCCCUAAGGCCGACUUGUCACUGCUAUUCCUGUCCGGGGACAGCGCCGGCGGCAACAUCUCGCACCACGUCGCGCAGCGGAUCUCCGGCGCGCCGCCGACCGAGUUCAAGUCCGUGCGGCUCAUCGGGCUGGUGGCGAUCCAGCCAUACUUCGGGGGAGAGGAGCGGACCGAGUCCGAGACCCGUCUCGCGUGGGCCCCGCUCGUCUCGAUGGAGCGUACGGACUGGCUGUGGAAGGCAUUCCUUCCAGAAGGGUCGGAUCGGGACCACGAAGCAGUAAACCCUUUCGGACGUAACGGAUCGGGCAAUCUACCUGCCUCGUUCCCAGCUGCGCUGGUGUUUGUGGGAGGGUUCGACCCGUUGCAAGACUGGCAGAAACGCUACUGCGAGGGGCUGAAAGCUCUGGGAAAGGAAGCGAACCUGGUCGUGUAUCCAAACGCUAUACACGCAUUCUACGUGUUUCCGGAAUUGCCGGAGUCUGAAUUGUUAAUUACUGAGGUGAGGGAUUUCAUCCAGAAGCAGUCGAAGAAGGUAGCAGAAAAUAAAUAAAAAGAAAAUUAGAUUAGAAUAAGAAUAAGAUGAUAAAUCUUUCUUAGGAUUUUGUUUUAUAUUUAUAUGUAUUUACGGGUAGUUCUGUGUAUGUAGUCUUGGAAUUGAAUGUGA